AUGGAUAAUGAUCAACCUUGUGCGAAUUCCAUUAUUGACGAUAGCCAAAAGAAGAUGAUGCAUAGAGAUAUUGAAAGGAAAAGAAGACAAGAAAUGGCCGCGCUUUAUGCAUCACUCAGAUCCACACUCCCUCCUCAGUCUAUCAAGGGAAAGCGUUCAUUGGCAGAUCAUAUGAACGACGCUGUGAAUCAUAUAAAACACCUGCAAACGAGGAUCAAAGAACUCGGUGCCCAGAGAAAUGACCUAAAGAUACAAACGUCGUCGCCGGAUUUGAGUUGUACUAGUGCUCUUGGCCUAGCUGGGAAUCUUAGUGGAUCAACUGGUAGCUCUUCAUCAUUGUUAGCAGGCAACUUUUCAAGAAGCCGUGUUGCAGUCAACCCUUGCUUAGGUGGCGUUGAGAUUGUAAUAAUCAGCUGUGUUACCGGUGGUUCUGCAGAGCCACAAGGUGUGGUCUUAUCAAGAUUGCUGCAAAUACUGCUUGAACAAGGACUUACUGUAAUUAGUUGUGCUACUACCCAGGUUAACAAAAGGCUUGUAUACACCAUACAAUCCGAGGUUAGCAAUCCAUCAUAUAUAGACUUUCCUGGGCUGGAGCAGACUCUCGCUAAAGUCGUCUCAUCAUCGACCGGAUUUUGAAGGGGG